UGAAAGGUAAACGGAAUUUGAAAGGAGGAAAAGGAGGAAACAGUACUGAGACGUUGAGAAUAGAGGACUCUAACAACUAUAGCGCGCAAUCAACAUCAGUGUUUGUCAUAUAUAUAUAUUUUUUUAAAUAAGAUCUUGUCAGAAUUGUAAUAGGAGAAGGAAAUAGCAAAUAUUCAACUAGUUAUCCAUUUGACUGUUUUAUUUUAUUGUCUUGAUAUCGGCUUCAUCCUAAAAAGGGAUGCAUUUGUUGAGCAUGUCCACCAAAUGGCCGACCUAUGAUUCCCGCUCCUCCACCCCCAGCUUCCUCCUCAGCGAGAGCGACGUGACUGAGGACGAGGCAGACAUUGAUGUCUUCAMCUCCGAAAGYGAGGGAGAUAGCUCAGGGGGUGGCAAGACCUGCUCAGUACCCUUCUCCCUGGCCGGGGGUGGCGAGGCAGCCCCUAGGUUACACUGGUCCAUGGCUGGGAGUGGACAAGCGGAAUGCUUUCCCCACACCACCAUCUACCCAUCCAUGGUGGCUUCCUCUUGCAGUGCUGCAUUCUACACAAAGGAAAGCACAGAGGAGACCACGCAAGGAGACCUGGCCUUUGCUCAGAAAUGUUCAGAGCUACAAAAGUUUAUCAGACCCCUGUUGGAGCUUCUGAAUGGACUCAAGACGGGGAGAUUUGAGAGAGGACUUAACAGUUUCCAGUCGAGCGUUGCCAUCGACAGACUCCAGAGGAUCCUGGGUAUUCUUCAGAAACCUGACAUGGGAGAGAAAUUCCUCCGCACCCUCCUGCAGGUAGAGAUGAUGCUGAAGAUGUGGUUCCCCCAUGUGACCCCUGUCGCUGCCACCCAGAACCCCACACCCAGUCUUCCGCCACGAUGGCACCAAAAUCAGCUGUGUAUGCCAGUCAAAAAGCGCAAGCUUAGCUGGUUGGACUCUGAUUUCCCCAGUGCCGCCCCACCCACCUGCAAGCGCCUGCAGCGUGAGGACAACUACCAGGAAGUGACCUCACAAGACUUUAGCCUUUUGAACACAGACACUUAUAGCCCGUCAUGUCUGACUGUCAGCAGGAGAAGAAAGGGAAAUAAGAGGCUUGACAUUUCACCUUGCUCUGCAUGUGGUAGCCCAGCCACACAAGACAGCCGUGUCUCCUCAACCCAUCUGGUGUUUCACUCACAUCAGUUCUCCCUCCAUGAACAUCAGCCACGGAGAUGCCACAGCGGGCCUGGCACAGUGAAGACACAGACCAAUAUUACAUCAGUGGGAAUCCAAAGGAGGAGUCAAUCUAUCCCCACAUUACUAAGGUCUAUGAAACAAGAGCCGGAGUAGAAGCACAGACACAUAAAAGUGGACAUAAAACUGAACUCUGAACUCAUUGCACCUUUUAACCAUCUUUCAUUUUUCAUUUUUUUUACUGAAAUUUACCUGGGAAUAUUUUUUAUGGUUGAUGUGAUAAAGCAGUGUUUAGUAAUAAAUAAAUAAAAUAUAUAUACUGUUACAUUUUUAUUUUAUUUUAGACGAAUAAAAGAUUGAUGGAAUACCUCUAACCUAACAUCAACUCACAGUUAUGAGUAGUAUUAAUAGUAGUACAUCUUAAAACAUGGACAAUACAAUGAAAAACAAUACAAGAACCUGGUAAUCCUUUAGCUGAUGCAGCACAGUGAAAAAAGGCAGCUGAGUGUAUAAGGCUUGCUAUACCACCUCAUUGAUUGUAAACCAUAGCAUACAACUGGCACUAAACCACUCCCAACCAGUGGCAACAAAACCAUGUAUUUAUUACACAGUUUAAUGUAACUAUUGACUAAAUCCACCUCAGUGUGAAUACUAACUACCACAGUAGCAUACAACUGGAACGAAGGCAACCAUUAAGUACUACAAAAGAGGAGAAAUAACAACUAUGUUAGAUUUAUUGUAUUUCUCAUAAAAUGGGUCUGUUCUAGAAGAACCUGGAUGCAGACUAGAGCCAGGGAUUCCCUAUUACAUUCUAAUUUGCUUUAUAACUUUCUUUAUUUGACAGUAUACAUUUAUCAUCCUUUACUUUUUGAUACAUUUGAUAUCAGGUUUAUUCUUCUACGGUGUGAAAAGAAAAAUAUUUUGAGGAAUAUGUCACUGCCCAAAAAUGAUUUGCACAUGAGUAUUUUACUUUCGAUAACAAAGGACAUUCCACCUUAUUGAUAAAUGUUACUAUUGUGAUGACGCCAAACACCUCAUUUUUUUUUAUCUUCUAGGAAGGUUUCUAUUGGAUUGGGAGAAAAUCCAUAAAAAGUAUUUCAUUAGGCCAUUUGGGUAUUUGAACCACUAUGUUUUUGCUGAGCAAAUAUCAUUCAUGUCGAAAUGCCACUUUAUCCCUGGCCACUUUCAGAGAGUCGCUCUUGAGUUGUAACUACCUCGAUUGGAGUAGGCAGGAAACCAAGAAUAACUAGGUACUGACUUGAUCUGCCAACUUAAAGAAGAUUUCUGGAUAAAAACGAAUACAGACAACUGAAGCUGGUAGUAUGUGUUAUUGUUCCUUACCGUGCCAGGGAAGGCCCAGGUCGUUGGACAGCAUAGGAGAGAGAUCACUGCAGUUGUAAAUACAGGUAACUGUGUUGAGGCAAUGCACAACCCUUCCUAAAAACUGGUCAUACAUCAGCCAAUUGUGGAGUUGUUUAUUUAGAUAUUUCCCUUGAGGAAAUACUGCAAUUUCAUGUGAUGUUUUUGGUGUAUGUAGCCUAAUGCUCCUGCUUAAUUAAUAGUGUCCCGUGUGGCUCAGUUGGUAGAGCAUGGUGCUUGCAACACCUGGAGAAGCGUGUCUGUUAAAUGACUAAAGUGUAACAUUAAAAAAAUCGAAAAUAAAAUGUACAUUUCCACAUAAAUAGGGCCCAUGUUUUGGACAUUUUCUCUGUUUAUCAAAAGAGGACAAAUGGUUAGGCUGAGAAGGAUACUUCGCUGUUUUAUGUUAUCUUCCUUUAUUCAAGCCAUUUCCUUUGCUUCCUUUCUUCCUACCUUUAACCCAACACCCUCCAUCACAUUUUUGGGUUGGACAUAAUAUAAUUGUUUUUUGGUUACACACAAUGUAAUUGUGCAUAAUAUUUUAUAUAUAAUUGUUUGAGACCUACAUUGUUUUUGAUGAAUUGCACCCUUUAUGCUCAAAUAAAGUAACGUGUUGGUUCAUCAGAA